GCUCUACCGGCCCGAAAACAGAAAAAUGUACACAACAAGCCGGGUUACACAACGAGUCUUCUCUGAUUGACGAUAGAGAGAGAGAGAACAGAAAACAGCUUCCUUUCUCUUUCUCUUUCUCUGUCUCUCAGUGGGUUGCGUUCAAUUGGGUUUGGUGGCUGUAACUAAUACUAUCCUCUUCUGGUUCGUUCAGCUUUACCAUCGAUCAAUCAUGGAUUCUGUAUUUGAUACAGAGGCUCAAAAUGGGCUCUUAGAUAAUUCAGCAGAUGUUGAGCUUAGAUUAAAUCAUGAUGGUGCAAUUCUAGCAACUUGUGUUGUCGAGGAGGCUUCUAGUCUUGAGCAAAUUGAGCAAGUGGGUCAAAAUUCUUCAAGAGUGGAACAAAAUGCAGUUGAAGGAGACGAACCAUAUCUGGGCCAGGAAUUCGACUCAGAAGCAGCUGCACAUGCAUUUUAUAAUGCAUAUGCACUGAGAAUAGGUUUCAGAACACGUGUGAACGAUCUAUCUCGUUCUAGGGUCGAUGGCUCCAUCAUUGCUCGAACGCUAGUAUGUAACAAAGAGGGUUACCGAGUGGCUGAUAAGCGUGAGAGAAUGAGUGUGAGACCUCGACCCCCCACUAGGGUUGGUUGCAAGGCAAUGAUUUCAGUUAAGAAACUGAGUAUUGGAAAGUGGGUAGUUGCAAAGUUUGUCAAGGAGCAUACCCAUACACUGUCUCCAGGGAAGGGUAAAAAAGGAUCGAAUGAUCAAUCUACUACGGAUGAACAGAUGAAAAUCAAAGAAUUAACUCAACAACUGCUGAUUGAGAGAAAGCGGUCUGCUUCAUAUAGAAAAAUCAUAGACCUCCUAUUCAAUCACAUUGAAGAGCACACUCAAAACCUGUCGCAAAAGAUCCAGCGCAUAACUGAUAAUCUCCAAGAAAUUGUAUCAUCCGAGGGAAAGGGAAAAGACCGUCGAAAUGUCUCCUAGUCUGCGUUUCGUUUUGUAAUGUAAAUGUGAAAUCUGUAAAUUGAAUUUUCACACUGGCCUUCUCAAUCUAUUGUCAAGUCAUGUUUACCGACCUAUCAGUUGAUAUGAUGGGGGAUGGAUGAGUAGAAUAACUAUAAGAGAUGUGAUUCUCAGAGCAGAUGGCUGCCAAUGCCAUGUUCGAGAGAAUAGAACAAUUUAUAUCAACAAAACCACCCGACCCAGUUCAACUAGAAAGCCCCACCUGUGCAUAAUAUUGAUUACAUUAUUCUUACGAAGACUGAAAUCCCAAAAGCCUCUUCCCUUUCACUGGGACUGAGCUUCUCGCUUUGAAACAAACAUGGAGUUCCCGCGGAUCUGACCCGCCGGCAUUUCGGGCUUCAGAAAAAUCAAAUGACUCAUGGAUUCUGAACUUGAUAUAAAUAUUAAUGAUGGGGUGUUAAAUGAUUCAAGUGAUGCCGAGCUUAAGCAUUCCAAUGAUGGUGCAUUGGUAGGAAGCUUUGUUGAAGUUGAAGAGAUGUCUCAUCUUGGACAAGGACAAGAUGAUGAAGUGACUCAAAAUCCUUGUAAAGAUGGAUCAAGUGUAGUGGUCGAAGCACAUGAGCCGUAUGUGGGUCAGAAAUUUGAUACAGAAGAAACUGCACAAGCAUUUUAUAAUGCCUAUGGCAUGCGUGUGGGUUUCAUGACUCGUAUGAACUACCUGGCUCGAUCCAAACAUGGUGGAACCAUCAUUGGCCGGACUUUUGUGUGCAACAAGGAGGGUUACCGGAAGCCUGAUAGGCGUGAUAAGACUACCAUAAAGCCUCGGGCUCCCACUAGGGUAGGUUGUAAGGCCAUGCUAUCGAUAAAGAAAAUUAGUAUUGUCACAAGGUUCAUGAAGGAGCACACUCAUGCAUUGACUGCCACUGCCAACAAAGGUCAAAAAGGAUUGAUUGCUGAUCAAGUACCGGAUGAUAAGACAAAGAUUGAAGAAUUAACUCGCAAGCUGUUCCUUGAGAGAAAGCAGUCUGCUUCACUUAGAGAAAUAGUUGAUCUUCUAUUUGAUCACAUUGAGGAACAUACACAAGACCUGUCAAAGAAAGUUCAGUAUGUUGUCGACAAGGUAAAGGAGAUUGAAUCGGAAGGGAAAAAGCGCUAUAACCUCAGAUAGUCCUAGCAUCCUAAACCUAAUGUAUACUGUAUAUAUUCACAUUAGCUUUAUAAUUUAAUUUUGUUGUACUGAACAAGUAUUACUUUGCAUUGCAAUGAUAAAUAUGAGUUUAGUUGGAGGGAGAUUCUCCAGUAA